UAUGAAAUUAACUUUCCUGUUGAACAACGCCAUUACGAAUGCGGACGAAAGAAUGGCUAUGUCACGUAGUUUCAAAGAAUGUGGAAGUGAUGAAGCUAGGGAUGAUGAUGAUGACCCAGACAUUUGCUCUCAUUGUGCUACUGAUGGGAAACUGCAACCAGCAUUGUACUUCUGUUUUAAUUGUGGCGUGUAUGGUAGAUACAUGUGUGGCAUUUGCCUGAGGCAACACAACCGGUUUGUGAAGAACCAUGAGAUAGAAAAAAUUGCAAAUAGAUCAGCCUGUAAUAGAUUAGAUUAUGAGAACAAGAAGACAAUGAAAGUUGAAAAAGAUCUUAAGUCCAAAGAGGCAGAGGUAAUGCUAUUAGAGGAACAAGUCAAUGAAUAUUCAAAGGUAAACCAAUGUCACCAAGAAAGAAUCAAAGAUUUGGAAACUGCAUGUCAAAAUUUGGAAAAAGAAAAAAAUCAAGGUGAAAAAAUGGCAACUAGAAAUUUAGAGCACUUGCAAAACAUUCUUAAAGACAAAACAAAGACAGCUGCUGACGAGUACAAAAAUCUCUUAGCAAAAAUGGACAAUUUACAAGACAGGGCACAGGAAAAUGAUUUAAAAGUUAAAUCGCUGCAACAUUCAAAUGAAGAGCUACACAAAGAAAAUGCGGCGUUAUUAACUGAAUUAAAGCAAGUUAAAUCGGAGAAUGAAAAUUUGUCGAAAGAACUCAUUGGAUGUAAAAAUGUCUUAGCUGUAGAGGGAGAAAAAUUUGACCACAAGACGAAAAUACAAGAAUGUGAACGUGAUACAAAUAGAAAGGGAAGCAAGCUCAUUUUUAAAGGAAAAGAUGAUUCAUACACAGGAUAUUCAAGACAAGGGGAAAUAGCUGAUGGCAAGUUACACAGUGGUGAUGUUAGAACGAUAGAAUACAAGCCGGUGGUGGUUGCUAUUGAAAUUGGCAAUACUGGUAGCUGUUGUGCCUACGCCUUCAAACACGAAAGCAUUCGAAGACGUAUAUAUGCCAUCGACGAAUGGUAUUGCGGAAGCGGCUGUAAAAAAGUGUCAAUAGAAAAUCGCUCUGUCGUGUUAUUCGAUGAGAAUAAAAAGUUUCAUAGCUUUGGUUUCGAAGCAGAUGAUGCUUAUGUAAUAUUAGCUGAAAAUGGUGAACACACCAAGUGGUUUUACUUCAAAAACCUUACAAUGAAAUUACGAGGAAGUGAUAUAACCCGGGACUUUGAGAUUGAUGAUGACAAAGGUAAGAAGAUGAAAGCUAUUGACGUGUUUGGUGCUGUCAUUCAAUAUCUGAAAGAUUAUCUGCUUGACCAGUUGAAAACAAGAGGACCGGAGGUACAGAACAAUGACAUACACUGGGUUUUGACUGUGCCCGCUAUAUGGACAGACUCCGCUAAACAAUUUAUGAGGGAAGCCGCAUAUUCGGCUGAUAUUGCAGAAUCACAGUUGACAAUUAUCACAGAACCAGAAGCAGCAAUUGUAUACUUCCAAAUGGAAAAUCAAAUCGAACAAUUGACAACUGUCGAUAUAUCCAGUCCUGGGACAAAAUGUAUGGUUAUUGACCUUGGAGGUAAUACUGCUGAUUUCACUAUAUUAGAGCGUCAGUCGGACGGUGGCCUUUCAGAAAUCAAAUCGGCAACUGGUAUAGCAUGUGGUGAAAACAUGGUGAUAGAGGAAUUUCAUGAACUCCUCCGUAAUAUAACAGGUGAUGCAGUCUACCAGAAAUGGAUUGUUGAUGGACAUCCUGGUGAUCAAACAGAUCUGCAAAAUGAGAUUGAAUCAAAAACUAGAACACUUAAAACUUACAGUACUGGAAAAGUAACAUUCAGAUUUCCAGAUUCAUUGCCAAAUACAUUCAAGGAAAUAAACCAUGAAAGUAUACAGCAAGCUAUAGAAAGAUCACAAUAUAAAGGUAGAAUUACAUGGUUAUCGGAUAAAAUAAGAAUAGAUAAAGAGAUAGUCAAAACUCUGUUCAAACCUUGCACUGAUAGGAUAGUAGGUCUUGUUAAUCUUUUACUGAAAGAACCUGGUGUUCAAGGAACGAGCAUAUUUCUGAUAGUCGCCAAGGCUCAAAUAGUUCAAAAGGCCAUAAAAAAAGCCUUCCCGACUGUUAAUGUCAUCAUACCGAAAGAACCAGACCUGGCCGUUUUGAAAGGUGCAGUGAUUUAUGGUCAUCAACAUUAGGGUAUAAGUAAGACUCUCCUGAUUAAAAACACACUCACACUCUGUUAAGUUAUACCAGAUCAAGUAUGUUUUCUCGACUUAAUGAAUUCUUGAUGAAGAAGAACUUUAUAAGUUUAGAUAUAUUUCGUUCUUAUGUAUUUUCAUAUGGUACAAACUAAAAUGUAUAACAUAUAAUCUGUGUAUGUUAUGGAAUGAACGAAACGUCUGAUUUUUUAAAACAUAUUUUUACGCCACACAAAAGAAAAAAAUCAGCACCAAAUUUAUUCUAAUUGCACAUACAUUGUAUGUUACACAUAAGCUUAACUGAAAAAUUACAGUUUCAUGAUAACGAGAAUUGACUUCACUUUUAUUUUACUGUAGCACCAAAUAUUAUAACUCUGUAAAUUAAAGAUUCUUUGUUAGAUAUACAUUAUAUUAGAUUUCCUAAAACAUACAAAAUGGUGCAUUGUUAACAUCAAAAAUAUCUAUGUAAGAAAGAAAUAUAUUAUAACUACAUGUAA